AUUGAAUAUUAGACGCUGCUGUAGCUUUUGUACGGAAAAUUAGAAAUGCGACUAGAAAAAUGUAUAAAGAGAUCGUUACCUGUCAUGGAGGAUUUAUUUUAUAAAAAUUUUGCAACUUAGGACAUCGAUGGCGAAAAAAUAUUAUAUAAUUUUGUCUAAACGGAAAUAGAUAAGGGAUAUCGAUUUAUGACAAAUAACAAAGUGACAAUGAUACUCGAGGAAUAAUGAAAAGUUAUUGAUUCUGUAUAUACUUCGUAACUGUUCAGUAAGAUUCAGAGAAUUGAAGUAUAAUAUUGUAUCACAAGACUAAAAACGCAACACAGUGCUUUGAGACGACGUACAACUUUUAUAUGAUUCACUGCAGCAUCGAACCCUUUUUCAUUCUUAAAUAAACUGUUGAUCUUACUUUAUGAAGUAAGGUUUAUUAUAAAUGUUUAUUCGAUGCUUGAGGGGUCAGCGACAUGGUAAUGGAGGCACCAGCAUGCAAUUCGUUUCGUAUGGAUUUCCAUGACAAUCAUAUAUAUAAAGACUGCGGGUCUUCCGCAUGCCCAUAUAAAAUGUCUGUUCUCACUGAUAAUUCCAUUCAUUUGAACUUGAAACUGGCUGAACUCAACAUGAUUCUCAAAGUAAAUGUACUCUUGUUAGUAAUACUUAACGCGAUACGCGGUCAGGACAUCAAUGACGACGUGGAAGUAAUUCUUCUACCAGUGAGGAAUUCAUACAGUGAUACUGAGGUUCCGCUAAGAUUUCGAGUCUUCGGGCAGACGAUCGAGUUGAACUUGCGAAAGAAUGAUAAACUCUUAGCACCUAGUUUCAAAGUGUGGCGGCACAAUAGCGAGGACAUUCUGGAGGAGGCACCCGAAUUAAAUAGACCCGCGGCAUGCCACUACCUUCACAGAAAUCAUUAUAGCUCAGCAGCCAUUAGUCUUUGUCGACGUCGUGCAGUGCACGGUUUUGUUUUUUUGGAAAACGUCACUCUCGAAAUAACUCCAUUGCGCCAUGCAGACACAUGGUCCUUCGUUGAUCAUACAAUUGAAGGACGUUCUGGAGACCUUCUUCGAGAGCCCCAUGUCGUGAGACGAGCCUACGUCACCCCGGCGAUAAAAUUGCACGAAGAUUACUUGAGAAGGCGUGAUGGAUUAUCGAUAUUCAAAAAUGACAUACCUAUUGAUAGUGAACUCUUCUCCAGACCAGCUAGGGGUCGUCGCGAAAACGGUUUAACACUAGAGCUGGCGGUAUUCCUGGACGAAGCUGGGUACAAUUUAUUCUCCCCUUUCUUUGACAGAAACGAGGAGAAGUUGUGCGAUAUGUUGUUGGCAUACAUAAAUGGAGUGCAAGCUUUAUAUCAUCACCCAAGUUUAGGGGCAAAGAUUGACAUUGCUCUUGUGAGGCUGGACAUGAUGAAGAGGCAACCUUCGGAUAUGCCCCAUUACAAUGGAGAACGUGGCAACUUGUUGGAUUCUUUUUGUCAUUAUACCAAGAAGCAUAAUCCGUCCAAUGACAAGGAUCCGAAUCAUUGGGACAUGGGACUGUACGUAUCGGGUUUAGAUUUCUACGCCAUGGAAGGUGGCAGGAAAAGCAGCGUGACCAUGGGUCUGGCAACUGUCGGUGGCGUAUGUCUAGAUCAGUACUCAUGCGUCAUUGCGGAACUUGGAGUAACUAAUCGCUUUGGAAAGCCUUAUCCGUCUGCUGGUUUUACCUCCGUUUACAUAGCAGCGCAUGAAAUUGGUCACAAUCUGGGCAUGCAUCAUGAUUCGACCGGUAACACCUGUCCUAAGGAUGGUUACAUCAUGUCACCGAGUAGAGGGACGCAAGGAGAAACGAUCUGGUCGCAAUGUAGUCGAGAUGUAGCUAGGAAGCUUUCUCAGACGAAACCUUGCCUACUGGAUCAGCCGCCUGUAAACAGUGAGAAGUCUUUGGACCAUGGCAAAUUUAUUGAUCUACCCGGAAGGCAAUGGGAUGCCAAGAAACAGUGCGAAUUUCUUUUGCGAGAUAAGGAUGCUGUGGUAGUAACUCUAUCUGAUGCUUGUCAAGCGUUACAGUGCAAGAGUCCACAUCGCAGUGGGUACUACUAUGCUGGACCUGCUUUGGACGGGACCCGAUGUGCAGAACGAAAGGAGUGCAGAGGUGGAGAAUGUCUGCCGGCACUCCAACUGCCCAACGGUGGACAGAGUGCUGUCAUUAAGAAAGGUGGAUGGAGUGCUUGGAAAGCGGAAGGCUGUAGGAGUGGUUGUAUACAAAAAUGCAAAGGAGCUCAGCCCAGGAGACGUUAUUGCGACAACCCACCACCGACAAAUACAGAAGCUGGUUGUGAAGGACCGAGUUACGAUGUUUUGCUCUGCAGCGAUGAGAAAUUGUGCAAGGCCAAGCGUAAGAGCGCCAGUGAAUUUGCGACAGCCAAGUGUAGCAAGUUCAGCGAGAAGUUGCCUGAAUUGGACAGCAAAGGAAGCGGACUCCAGGCGCCUCACGAGACUGAACGACCAUGGAUGGCCUGCGCCAUAUUCUGUCGCCGUAAAGAUGGAGGCUCCUACUACACACCACGCAUAGAAUUAAACGACCUUGGCCUUGACCCAUAUUUCCCAGAUGGAACAUGGUGUCACACCGAAGAGGGACAGGAUUAUUUCUGUCGACAACAUCAUUGCUUACCGGAAACCUUUCGCUUUGGUAAGGAAUUGAUCGAGAGUCAUGGAGACGAAGAUAUGAAACUGGGCCCUCAGAAUGCUCGUCCGGAUGGUCAUAAGCUUCCUGAUCAGCUGGUAAAGUAUCUCAGUCUAGGCCCAGAUGGGCUACCAUUGCUAACGACAUUGUCGCCGGGUGUUGCCUCACCUCCCAGCGAGGACGACUGGACGGAUAAGGACUACAUUGAGUUGCCAAAGCCUGUUGAGGAGGAGGACUCCUUAGAAAUGAAGGAGGAGCCGCAAAUCUCUCAGCCACGCGUUCCAAAAUUGCUCGACCUCGACACUAUGUUUUCGGAUCCUCUUUGAGUAGGGCAGAUACCUCAAUCAGCGACCUCCACCUAUUUUUGUGUAAUUCAAUGCUAUUAUUAUCUUCAGAUGUCUGAGACGUUUGUAUCGUCGAUCCAAUAAAUGAACCGAUACAAUA